CCAAGAUGGCGGCGCCCAUGCUGCGUGCGGCGCUAGGCCCGGCCCGGUUCCCAUCCGCUCUCCGUUGGUACCGGGCGCCCCCUCUGCGCCUGCGCCCGGGGCCGGUCCCGGGUGACCCCGAGGACCCCCGUGAGGCCUCGCGGCGCUUCGGGCGCUUCGGGGCAGCCGCGGCCCUGGCCCCGCUCCGGACGCUGUGGCCUGGACCGGAGCGGGUGCGGGAGCUGCACCGGGAGCAGCGGGAGCGGGAGCCGGAGCUGAGGGAGGUGAUGCGGGAGCUGCAGCGGAGGGAGGCAGAGGAGGAGAGGAGGGUGGCGGCGGCGCUGGCGGCCAUGCCGGAGCGCGUGCGCGCGUGGCGAGAGCAGCGGGAGCGGGAGCGCGCCCGGGCGCGCGCGGACGCCGAGCGGCGGCAGCGCCUCCUGGCGGAGGGAGGGGUCAGGGCCGGGAGCGCGCAGCGCCGCACUGCGCAGGCGCAGGCGCUGCUGGAGGACAUGGACCGCAGGCAGCGCAAGGAGGAGAAGCGGCGCAUGCGCAUGGAGAGACAAGAGGCCAUGAAGAGCGCCCUGGCGGCCGCAGAGGAGGCGGCGAGGGCCAGACCACCCCCUGCUGGCCUGGGGGGGGAGUCCUCCAAGGCCCCUCCCACCUCCUCCUGAGCCCUCCCCCCC